AUGCAGCGUGAUAAUUUUCUUCCAUGUCUACCAGGAUUUAAUUUCGAUAAAAAUCUCGGUCAGACAAAUUUUCCUAGAAAUCACCACUUUGUUAAAAUACAUGACGGAGUUUAUUACCUAUCGGAAAAGUUUGACAAAAGUGAUCCUAUAUUCUAUCCAUCAAUUUAUGCUCGCGGAGAAGUUCAGGAACUACCUCCUUGGAUUGCUUAUGAUGGCCAAAGGUUGAUGUUCAAGGCAUUUUUUCAAGAAACAGUUAAUGAAAGAUGGAAAGCAGCUUAUCAGAUACGUUUAGUGAAUAUUAGCUUUUUCUUGGAGGAUGGAACAAUGAAAAUUUCUGAACCUUCCAUCGACAAUAGUGGCCUUGAACAAGGUGUCCUAGUAAGGCGACAAAGAAUUCCAAUGCCUGAUCCAGUAAGAUAUAGAUUCUAUGAUAUAAUCGAUCUAAAUAUUGGCAAAGAACCGGAAAUAUUUGGAAGAGUAUAUAAAAUUGUAGACUGCGAUAAGUUUACAAGACAAUUUUUAAAUCGUAUGGGAAUUGCAGUUCCGGAUCCGAUAGAAAUACCAAAAGAUCCCUAUUCUGAACUUCACAAGAAGGAAACACUCCCAAAGAAACCAAAACGGACGACCGACAGUCGUGGAGAUUUUUUGAAAUAUGAUAAACAAGUGCUUCGAUUUUAUGGUUAUUGGGAUGACACGGACAAUCUUUAUGGCAUCGUGCAUGAUCUUGAAAUUCACUAUUUUCUUGCUGAUAAUACAAUGGAGAUUAAAGAGAACAUACCAUCAAAUUCUGGACGAGAUUCCGGUUUCAUGUUUUUACGACGUAUGAAGGUUCCAAAGCUUUUCUCUGAACUUGAUCCAAUUGGAGGAGGAGACUAUUUUACAGUUUUGAAUGUUAUGGGAGAAAAUACGACUCAUGGUUACUUUAUCAUCGAUCCACUGAACGCUGGAAAAGUUCAUAAGGAUUUUUAUAAGGAGAACGAGCUCGGUAUUGGCGCACAAAUAAAUAUUUUUGGCAGAAUAGUAGUUAUAACAGAUAUGGACAAUUUCACCAAAGAAUACUACAGGAAGAAAUACGGCAUAGACGACUUCACGCCCCUGGAAAGACCUCGAAAGGGCCAUGAGAUUUGCGUGAAAGUGGAAAAAUAUAUUCCACCAUACAAUGGUUUCGGUUCCUACGAAGAUUCCCUGGGAAAUUGUUUCAAAAUGAUACCGCAACCACCGAAAACAGAUAUGGUCAAGUUCCUCCAUUACGACAAACAAGGCUUUGACAGCUACGUUUUGAGAUUCAAAGCCAAAAUGAUAUCGGAUAUACCUGAAAAUCAAGACAGGCAGUUCAUCAUAAGAGUUUUCCUCAUGGACGACACGAUUUCUAUCUUCGGAUUGGCUAAGAGGAAUUCAGGUUUCAGACGAUGUCCCUUCCAGAAGAGAAUGCCGGUGAUGUUGCCUAAUCAAGAGGUAUUUGUAAGCAAGAAACCGGAUUAUUACAAGCCGGAGGAUUUCUAUAUUGGAGCACGUCUUAACUUGAACGAUUUUAUCUUCGAAAUUACCACAGCCGACAUUUAUGCUCUUCGUUACAUGGAGUUACAUUGCGAUAAGUUCCCGAAAGCUAACGCGAAGUUAAUCAUGGAAAAACUGCGGCAAACAUUGGAACCGGUUUACAAGGAAUUUAUACAGCUUUACGCACCAGCGAAAUCAAUUGGCGUGGAUCUUCAAGAGCUGCCAUAUGAAAAACUCAGGGAAUCGAUAUUGAAAUAUUCAGAAGGUAAAAUAACAGAACACGAAAUAAUCACGAUUGCUCGACACUAUUCGGCUCAUGAGAAACCAGAGCCUCACAGUCGAGACUAUAUAAGGCAGCUGAUUCAUACGGAACUUUUGCGAAAUUUAUGGAAUGGUCUCGAUCGCUUGGAAGAGGAUCUACAUCAUCAUGAUAGAGAGAGGACAGGAUUUUUACCACGCGAUACAGUGUACACAGUGCUUCGUGGUUCUAAAACAUCCCUUGACGUGGAACUUUUAAAUUCUAUGCUGAAUCACAUUCAUAAAAACGAAGAGGGAAAUUUGGAUUACAAUGAUCUGCUGAAAUUUAUGAACAUGAAAAUAGAUCCUCUUCCUCCUGCAGUGCCAAUAAACGUCAAGGCGGUACUCUGGUGGGCAUCAGAAGAAGGACCAGACUAUGGAAAUACCAUAAAUUGGUGUGCUUUUAUAAAAGAUUUAGGUAUCAGCAGCGAAGAAAUGAAUGAAGAUACAAAAUCUCAGAAAAUGCAAAUUGCAAAUUGUAAUUUAUAA